GUGCCCGUGACGCAACCAUCCAAGGACUUGCAAAACAGAGUGAGAAAAUGGAAGCAAAAGAAGCGGCGAUGGGUGGCUCUCUCCAGGUGCCCAGUGUGCAGGAGCUGGCGAAAGAGCCACUCACCGCAGUCCCAUCAAGAUACGUAAGAUCUCCUCAAGACCUUCCAUACAUAUCUGAUAACUCCCCACCUCCUCCGCUCCCUGUCGUUGACCUGCAAAAUUUGUUUUCUGAAGAAUCUGUGGGUUCUGAAUUGGACAAGUUUCAUUCUGCUUGCAGAGAUUGGGGUUUUUUCCAGCUGAUAAACCAUGGAGUGAGCCUCUCGCUGGUGGAAAACUUGAAACUGGAGGUUGAAAACUUCUUUCAUCUUCCACUGAAUGAGAAGAAGAAAUAUUAUCAAAAAGCUGGAGAUGUUGAGGGGUUUGGGCAAGCUUUUGUUGUGUCCGAGGAACAAAAGCUGGACUGGGCAGAUAUGUUCUUCAUCACUACCCUCCCAGUUCAUUCCAGGAAGCAGCAUUUGUUCCCUGAGCUUCCUCUUCCAUUAAGAGAAACCCUAGAAUCUUACUCUGCAGAGAUGAAAGAUCUGGCAAUGAAACUCAUAAACUUAAUGGCAAAAGCUCUGAGAAUGGAAGCUAGAGAAAUGACAGAAGUCUUUGAAGAAGGAACACAGUCUAUAAGAAUGAACUACUAUCCUCCAUGUCCACAGCCAGAGCUUGUGAUGGGGCUCAACGCUCAUUCAGAUGGUGGAGGACUCACCAUCCUCCUCCAACUCAACCAAAUGGAAGGUCUCCAAAUAAAAAAAGAUGGGAAGUGGGUUUCUAUCAAGCCUCUCCCCAAUGCCUUCAUUAUCAAUAUUGGAGACGCUCUAGAGAUUUUAACAAAUGGAAUGUAUCAAAGCAUAGAGCACAGAGCAACAGUUAACUCGGUGAAAGAGAGACUCUCCAUUGCCACAUUUUACAGCCCUGGGCUUGAGGGAGAAUUGGGUCCAGCUCCAAGUCUCGUAACUCCUCAAACUCCACCAUUGUUUAGCAGAAUCAGAUUUGAAGACUACUUGAAGGGAUAUUUUUCUCGUCAACUCGAUGGAAAAUCAUAUCUUGAUGUUAUCAGGAUUGGAAAAUGAAGGUUUCAAGAUUAUGUUUAAAAUAAAUUACAUCGAAUAUUGUCUAAUCGAUAUCUAAAAUUAAUGCAAA